AUGUCGGCCCACCACGACGAGACCAACGGCCGUGCUAGUGACCCGGGCUCGCCAGCGUCAAGUUACGACCCUAGUCCAGAGACGCCCCUCCUCUCGGGGCAGACGACGCCUCGGCGGAGGACCCGCACGCCCCUACCCAAGCUGCAGAUUGGGAUUCUGAUGCUGGUCCAGCUCGCAGAGCCGAUAACUGGGCUUGUUAUUUAUCCAUUCAUCAACCAACUUAUUGCUGAAGUAGGCAUCACGGGCGGCGAUGAUAAGAAAAUUGGCUAUUAUGCCGGGCUGAUUGAAUCAUUGUAUUAUAUGACGGAAGCAUCUACGGCGCUUCACUGGAGCCGGCUCUCCGACCGGGUAGGCCGCAAGCCUGUCAUGCUGGUGGGAUUGAUAGGCUCUUGCCUGUCCAUAUUCGCUUUUGGUCUCUCGCGGACGUUCGCUGCCCUGUUGAUUAGUCGAUGCAUUUCGGGAAUGCUCAACGGAAAUGCUGGGGUCAUGAAGAGUAUGAUCGGAGAUUUGACGGAUUCAACCAACAUGUCUCAGGCUUUUGCGCUUCUUCCGAUUGUGUUUUGUACGGGUGGAACGUUGAGUCCUCUCAUAGGCGGCACCCUUGCCCAUCCUGAGCAGCGCUGGCCUCAUCUCUUCUCGGGCAAAUUUUGGUACGAUUAUCCGUAUUUCUUGCCAUGCGCCGUCUCAGGCAUUCUGGUCGCGCUAUUCACCCUGAUCAUGGCCAUAUGGCUCAAGGAGGUGAGAAAGCCCAUUGCUGCAGAACCGUCGAGCAGCUCAGACGUUGAACAGGCAGCACCGCAAACGGAAACGUCUCUCCCGCUCCGCGCACUCAUGAUACCCUCCGUCAUCUACCCCGUCGCCAACUAUGGCAUGCUCUCCUUGGCUGAUAUGUGCUUUCUCGCGCUCUUCGCGCUCUUCUUCGCCUCCCCGAUCGACGUGGGUGGUCUCGGUUUCCCGCCGUCUAUCAUCGGUACGCUACUAGGCCUGCUCGGACUGGUGGACGCGGUCGUGCAGACCCUGUUCUUCGCUCGCGUGGUGGAGCGUCUCGGCGCGAAGACAACGUUCCGCGUCGGCGUCUUCGCGUUGUUCCCCUUAUUCUUCCUCUUCCCCGUGCUCAACUGGGUGAUCGUCUGGAACGGCGGAGAACGCACACCGCUCCUGUGGGUGCUGAUAACAUUGCAACUGAGCCUUGUGUUGCUCAUGGAUAUGUCUUAUGCUUGCAUCUUCAUGCUCAUCACUGCUGCUGCACCGAACAAGCGUACUCUGGGCGCUGUGAACGGACUCGGGCAAACAGUUGCUUCUACCGCUCGCGCUAUCUCACCAGCGAUGGUCACUUCAAUUUUCGCCGCAUCGAAGCAAUACAAUUUACUAGGUGGCAACCUGGUAUACGUGUUCAUGCUCGGCGUGAUCUUGGCGUUCUUCAUUUUGUCGGGACAUCUCCCUGAGCCUCCCGAAGAGAAGCAAGAUUAA